AUGGCUAAAGCUUAUCCCGCCAUCUUGAGGGCAGACCCUGGGGACAUGCAAGCAAACGCUGAUGCGCUGAGUCGGCUGGGAUUUAGCCAGCGGGACGUGCGCGUGCUUUGGAGGGGGUAUCCGCCCAUCGCCUACCAGACCGGUAAUCGCAACCCCAUCCCACGCAUCGCUUCGCUGAUUUCCUGGAUGCGGGGCUACGGUGUCACGCAGGAGGACGCCGUGUGCAAAAUUCGAUGGUCUCCCAAGGUGACGACGACCUCCAUCACCAACAGGCUGGAACCCAACAUACGGUGGGUGGCAAGGACCCUGGGCAUCCCGCACGCUGAUGCUGCCAAGGUCUUGCUUGGUGAUGUGCACAAGCUGCAUGGCACCCAGUCCACGCUGAAGAGAAUUUUCGAUGCCGCGCAGUCCAUGGGCUUCACGCAGAAGGAACUUGCGAGUAUCUGCAUCCGGCACCCCAUGUUCAUGGAGAUCGGGUUCCACCGCCUGGACACCCAGCGCAAGAUGCAGUUCAUGCGCGAGGAGCUGGGUGUCGACCUGGUGGAGGCCAUGCGCAAGAACCCCAGCGUCUUCAGGUUCUCCCUCCUCCGCAUCACCUCUCGCAGCAUCUUUGCCAGGGAGAGGAGAGCGACGCAUCCGCACGUGAAGACCUACGGCAUUCAUGCCCUAGUGGACAUGACGCCGAGCAAGUUUCUGGAGAGAAUGGAUGCCACUCCCGAGGAGUUUGAAGCCUGGAUGGAGGCCUGGGUAAAGACCCCACAAGCCCUCCGAUGGCUGGAAGGGACCCGAUACUUCAACAGACCCCGAGAGAAGUGCUGGGGGAAGUAG